CGUUCGUUCGCAGACGCCGCCUGGCCGCGCCUGGAACUUCUCAGACGGCUGCUGUCACUUCUCCAAGUUUCACCAAACCGGGCGCGGGGGCUCCUCCUCCCCAACGCCCCCCUCCGCCCCUCAAACCUGCGCUCCGGGAAGGGCGCGUGCGCCCUGCGCGUCCCUUUGGCGCCCCUUCUCCCAGGUGCGGGGCCCGCGCUCCGCCGGCCGCCCAGCAUCUCCUUGCCCACUUGGGGGACGGCCCGAGGAUGCAGCACCGAGGCGUCCUCCUCCUCACCCUUCUCGCCCUGCUGGCGCUCACCUCCGCGGUGGCCAAAAAGAAAGACAAGGUGAAGGGCGGCCCGGGCAGCGAGUGCGCCGAGUGGACCUGGGGCCCCUGCACCCCCAGCAGCAAGGACUGCGGCGUGGGUUUCCGCGAGGGCACCUGUGGCGCCCAGACACAGCGCAUCCGGUGCAGGCUGCCCUGCAACUGGAAGAAGGAGUUUGGAGCGGACUGCAAGUACAAGUUUGAUAGCUGGGGCGCGUGUGAUGGGGGCACGGGCACCAAAGCCCGCCAAGGCACCCUGAAGAAGGCUCGGUACAAUGCCCAGUGCCAGGAGACCAUCCGCGUGACCAAGCCCUGCACCCCCAAGACCAAAGCCAAGGCCAAAGCCAAGAAAGGGAAGGCAAAGGACUAGAGGCCAGACUGGGAAGCCCAGGAGCCCCGGCCUCACCUGGGGCCCCGCCAUGGGCGCCCUCCCAUGGGCCGAAGAUGGAACCCACCAGUGCCUUUGUCUAUGCUUAGCUUUAUCAAUCACGCCCUGCCUCUUCCCUGUCCCUCCCCCACACACCCCCAAGUGCCCAAAGUGGGGAGGGACAAGGGAUUCUGGGAGCUCCCCCCCAAGGGAUUUGACUCCCACCACCCCCUGUUGUCCCCCCCUCUAUGAAAUGUUACUAAGAAAACAAAUAAACCAACUUUUCCCAAUAAAAUCUUUCUUUUUU